CGUUAACCGCAAUAUAAUUAUGACUUUUACAUUUUAGAUUUGAAGUUCACAUAAAUCUUGUAUGUGUUCUACCUUUCACUUAACACUUUUUACCUUUCUUUUAUUUUAUUUGUAGACUAAUAUUAUAUUAGUAACAUUAUUGGGUUUAUCCAAGCUUUGCGGAUUCUUCAGGCUACAUAUGUCGAUUGAUUGAUUAUUGAUCCACAUCGACGGAAAAAGGAUUAUGCUGGUGUUUUAUGUCAGUAAUGCACAUGUUCACUCGUGGGACAAUAUGCUAUCGGAAUAAAUUUCGAUAUAAAUUAACAAAGAUUUAUCGAAUACACUGUUAAGAAAUUUCAUUAAAAAUUUUUAUUUUACUGACAUAAAUAUUUAUAAAAAAGUAGUUUUUGAGAAGAAAUCAGACAAUAUGUCAGCUUUACCUUCACCUUCGGAGGUGGAAAUUAUUGAAAAUAAACAGGAGCCUAAUGUUGAUUAUUCAAGUAUCAGAGGAAAGGACGUACUUGUGAGCCCAUCUGAGCAUCAGUACGAAUUACUUCUAAAACGCUUGAAAGAACGAGUAGACGAUGGUGGAAGCGAAACAAUAUUUAACAUUGGUAUUGGCGAAGAUGGAUCGGAAGACGGACUGAAGCCUGACGAGUAUGAAGCAUCAAUUGCAACGCUGCAAUCACUAGCAGCGACAAUAGAGGCUGAUUGUGUACUUCUUCGUCAAAGCAAAGUUGAUCAAGGCCUAACGGGACAGUACCUCGUACGAAAGCGUCUAAAUAUUCAGGAUUUUUUGGAGAUAAGAGUCGCGGUGGUGGGUAAUGUCGAUGCUGGUAAAUCGACACUCCUGGGAGUUCUUACUCACGGGGAACUUGACAAUGGGCGAGGACUUGCGAGACAGAAGUUGUUCCGUCAUAAACACGAAGCUGAGUCUGGAAGGACAAGUUCCGUUGGGAAUGAUAUUCUGGGAUUUGACAGCGUUGGAAAUGUUGUGAAUAAACCCGAGCACGGAUCUUUGGAUUGGGUUAAAAUUUGUGAGAAAUCAUCAAAAGUUAUAACGUUCAUAGAUCUCGCUGGCCAUGAACGUUAUCUCAAAACUACUGUUUUCGGAAUGACUGGACACGCUCCUGAUUUUGGAAUGCUUAUGGUGGGAGCGAAUGCAGGUAUCGUCGGAAUGACUAAAGAACAUUUAGGUCUAGCUCUUGCCCUAUCAGUACCUGUGUUUGUAGUUGUCACUAAAAUAGACAUGUGUCCUCAAAAUAUUCUUCAAGAAAAUUUAAGACUACUAAUCCGUAUUCUAAAGUCACCUGGGUGUAGAAAAGUACCCGUUACUGUUAAGACUCCCGAUGACGUUGUCGUCAGCGCUACUAAUUUUGUUUCCGAAAGACUGUGUCCCAUUUUUCAAGUAUCAAAUGUUAAUGGUGAAAACUUGCAUCUUCUGAAGAUGUUUUUGAAUUUAUUGACUGCUAGAAUCACUAGCCAUGAUAAUGAACCUGCCGAGUAUCAGAUAGAUGAUACUUAUUCGGUACCUGGUGUAGGUACAGUUGUCUCAGGUACGACACUUAAGGGUGUGAUAAAACUAAACGACGUAUUACUGCUAGGACCAGAUCCACUGGGUCACUUUACGCAAAUCACCAUAAAGAGUAUUCACCGCAAACGCAUGCCGGUGAGUGAAGUACGAGGUGGUCAGACAGCAAGCUUCGCUCUCAAGAAAAUAAAAAGAUCACAAAUACGAAAAGGAAUGGUGAUGGUAUCUCCAGCUUUGAAUCCUCAAGCCUGCUGGGAGUUUGAAGGUGAAAUACUAGUGCUGCAUCACCCGACUACAAUAAGUUCGCGCUACCAAGCUAUGGUUCACUGUGGAAGUAUCAGACAGACCGCAUCUAUUCUAUCUAUGUCUCAGGAUUGUUUACGAACGGGUGACAAAGCUUUGGUGCACUUCAGAUUCAUUAAACAUCCAGAGUAUAUUAAACCGGGACAGCGUAUGGUUUUUAGAGAGGGACGUACUAAAGCUGUGGGAAAUGUUUUGAGAUUGAUUCCUCAUUCAAGUAUUACUCAUUCUAAUAAUACGAGGACUGGAAAGCAGCAGAAUAAAAAUAAUCAACAGCCUCGUGCUACAUCGACGUCAUAUGCAGGAGAUAAUAAUGACAACAGUGAAUCUACAGCUUCAAAACGGGAAAAUCUCCCACAGAAAAUGAUCUCUGGCCCGACAAAUAAGAGAGGAAAGGGAAGAAUGGGUAACCGUACCCACAACGCUAACUCAUCAAGCAUCCAACCACUUUCUGAGCAAAAUCGACCAGCUUCAAACUUUAAAAACUAGUGUACAAAAUUUUUUAUCUUUAAACAUAUUAUAUUAUAUAAUAAUAUAAUAUCUUCCAGUAAUUUCUUUCUACGAAUUACUAUUAUUAAUAUUAAUUAAUAUAUCAUUUUUCAUGGCGUACUUUAAAAGUUAGCUUUAACAUAGCGGUUGUUGUUUUUCUGGCACCUAUUAUAUUAAUAUAAAAUACUUUUGACUAAAUGUAAACACACUAGUAAUACGAUUGAUAAUAAUAAUAUAAUGAUAAUUAACGAUACUAUUGAUAAUAAAAUAUCCUUCAACUA